GACUGGAUAUUUGUAAGUACAUUGGGUACAGGUACUUUUGGGCGAGUCUUUUUGGCACGGCCGAAACAGGCAGAGGGCGACAAGCAGGCAUUCUUUGCCAUGAAGGUGCUGCAAAAGUCAGAGGUCGUUCGGCUGCGGCAGGUCGAACACAUCAACAACGAGCGCGAGAUUCUCUCUAUUGUACGGCAUCCCUUCAUUGUGUCAAUGCGGGCGAGUUUCCAAACACCUACCAAUCUGUUCAUGUGCCUCGAGUAUGCUGUGGGUGGAGAGCUGUUUAGCCAUCUACGCAAGGCAGUGCGCUUCCAAAACGACGUGACGCGCUUCUAUGCAGCGGAAAUCCUGCUGGCGAUUGAGCACUUGCACGAUCUCAAUAUCAUCUACCGGGAUCUCAAGCCAGAAAAUAUCUUGCUCGAUGCAUCUGGGCACAUCAAAAUUACAGACUUUGGCUUUGCCAAGCAGAUUGUCGAUCGAACAUGGACGCUGUGCGGCACACCAGAGUACCUUGCACCGGAGCUCAUCCAGAGCAAAGGUCACGGCAAGCCCGUGGACUGGUGGGCGCUCGGUGUGCUCAUUUUUGAGAUGCUCUGCGGGUACCCUCCUUUUUACGACAAGUCGCACAUUGGUAUCUAUGAAAAGAUAUUGGCUGCCAAGAUCAAAUUUCCAGGGCAUGUCCAAGCAGAUGCUGCGGAUCUCAUUACAAGAUUAUUGACGCCAGACAUUACACGGAGACUGGGUAAUUUGUCAAGAGGGACAGAAGAUGUCAAGCUGCAUCCCUGGUUUCUGCAUUGCGAGUGGCACAGGCUGCUUGCCAAAGAUUGCCCGGUUCCCUUUGUUCCUGCCAUCAAAUUCGCAGGGGACACGCACCACUUUGAGACGUAUCAAGAG